GGGGAGCGUUAGCACAGAAGUGGAAUCACUAGAGUCCCGUUCUCGAUUAAAACUCAGUCACUGUUAGCUAACUGUUUGCCUUCGUUGUCGUCUGUAAGCAUGAAGUUACCGGAGACGACUUCUGUCGGGGGAUGUCUCUUUACGCACGGGCUUUAAGGAUGAAGCCAAACGGGAUGCCAUUCAGUUAGCUACUCUGGACUCCUGAUUAUGUGCCACAGAAGCUAGCAGGCUAGUUAAUACGCUGUGGCAGAGUAUUUACGAGCAGCUGCGCGGUGUGAAACGGUAAAAUAUGGCGCGGUUGGUGUUGGAGCAGCUGUCAGAUUUCGGGGACUUUUCUGACGGUAAAGAGCUGACAGAGAUCCUCAGUCUGAAUAACAGCGAGCAGAUAAACACUGUUCGCCUGAGCCCAGAUGGACGUCACAUCCAUGUCAUCCUCCGCAAGCCUAAGGUCAGUCUUGUGACUUUUGACAAGUAUGAACGACCCCAGCUGGCCCUAAACCUGACGAAACUGGAUUUGUAUGUAACCGUGCCCAUCGUGGAUAUUAUCUAUCUGGAGCAUCGUGGUAGCAGCAGUGGUGCAGCAGUUGUGGCAGUGGUUUAUGAAAAUGGAAAAGCUGAGUUUUGGAAAUUCCAGGAGUGCAAGACUGGCUGGCAUCUCCUGCAAACAUCACAGUUGUGCAACAGUCCAAGGGCCAUAGUGGUGUCGGUCUGUGCUUGCUCUAAUCUUAUCAUAUGGUGUGAGGAACGGCCACCGUCAGAAAGCUCCCCUGCCCUCAGCGCCACGAGGAAUAAAUUAAGAUACUGUGUUUGCAGACGUGACUUUGAGGUGAAAGAGACUGCUGUCAACUUAGGAGGGGUGAAAAUCGCCCUCCACAAUAAUCCUGACUUUGCUGUGAUCAGCUCUGGGGAAUACGUGCACCUUCUUCCUGACUUGAAGGCGAAGCCGCUGCUGAACAUCUCCAAAUUCUUCCUCUCCUGGUCCCCUCGCCAUGACACCUUCACAGUCAGCACCACAUGUAAAAACACCCCCCUAAAAAAGCUGUCAGCUAAAGAGGCUGACUUUAUGACACUGGUAAUCGAUUGUUUAGGAUAUUUAUCUCCUCUUGAACCUCCUGACAUCUACAGCAUCUCUCCCACAGCCUGUGGAGGCCUGCUCCUGCUGCUCAGCACAGGCUGGCUCUGUCUCCUGCAAAAAGACGGGGUCCUGCGGCAGGUAUACAAACUAGAAGACAACUGUUUGGUAGAUUACAGCAUUCGAACCAGCCUGUGUAUAUAUGAGGACACCCUUGCACUACUUAUGGGCCAAAACCUGCAUCUGAUAGAUUUGAACUGUGGCAGAGAGCUGGAAAAGAUUGUAUUGAAGAGUGAAGGAUUAUUAUAUGCAAACAGGGCGGACACAUGUACACCUCACCUGCUCUCAGAAACUGGACUCUUUGUAGUGGUGAGCAGGGAGAUGGACUCCAGAGACUUCAACUUCAGAACAAAGCCUCCUGGUUCCAGCGCAGUGGAGAAUAUUGAUCCUGGAGCCCUUCUGGUAGAAGCUGUCUUUGAAGAGGCCUGUAAAUACUACCAGCAGAGAAGCCUGAGCAGCACCCCACUCACUGUGGACUCACUGAAGAAAGGGGGGAGAUUCCAGGCUCCCAUCUCUUUAGCCUCCAUCCUCUUCAGCUACCUCAGCACAGGGUUGAAGCAAAAAGGAGUACAGCUGUUCCAAAAUGGAGGAGGUGGAUGUAUCGCAGGGCAAGACAAGCUAAUGGGUUCUCUUGAGGCCGAGCUCAAGGCUCUGGUUUCGCUGGAGGAGCUGAAGGGGAGUUUAGUGAAGGGAAGUGUUAAAGAGGUGGAGGCGCUGUGUGAGAGUUUAGUUGAGAUGGAAGUAUUGAGGCUGCUGUCAUGUUCUGAGCUGGAUAAAGAGGCUCUGCUGUACCUCAACUCCAUCUUCAGCAUCUUUCCCCGACAGGCGUGGAAUGCGGCGCACGCUGCUCUGCAGCUACACUACAACGGUGAGGGAUUGCUCUCCAGCAAGGCCCCCCCAGAUGUGUGGAAAACUGUCCUCAGUGCUGGUCUGACAUCCAGCCCCAUAGCCUCCCUCUCAUUCACCAACGGGGGACCAAAACACAAUCACAGCCUUAAAGGAGAUUACUUCACUAACUGCAAAGCCAAAUCUACAAGCACCUCCUCAGCUGCCUUGCCUGUGUUUGAGCUCCUCUGCCGGUCGGUUUUUAACUUCCAGCCCAGCUGGCUGCCCAGGUUCCUCGAGCUCGCCCAGAAGCAGCAAGGCUCGACAGGGCUGGGCCUGAGCCUGGCGUCAUCUUGGAGCUUUUCUAGCGGGAAAGGGGAUUGCACAGAAGGCAACGUGCCACUCUAUAAGCGAGCACUGUUCCUCUUGUCCAGCUUAAGCCCAGACAGAGACCAGCAACAGGACCUAGAGGUGGAGCUGCUGCUCGUGAGUGGGCGACCUAACGCCAUCCUGCAGGCUCUGCGGAUCCUCAUGAGCAAGCGGCAGUGGGAGCGGGUCACCCAGGUGGCCCACAAGUUCUGUAAACAGAGUCCGCUGCUCAACAAGGAGAUAUUCACUACUUUGCUGUGUGAGGUGGCCCAUCACAGAGACCUGGAUCCCUACCUGGACCUGCUGUGGACCCUGUGCCCCGAGGACUUCACUGUCACCACUAUUUUGAACUUGGUUCUGAGAAACCUCCCCUCUCCCCGCACUUCAUCACACUACUCUUCUUUCCCCAUGUCCAAUUCAACCUCUUCUACUCCUGCUCCUUUCACAGACCCCCACAGCAGCCAGUUGACUGUCGGGCUGUUGAAACCCCUGCUGAGAAAAGUGCUGCAGAGGGAGACCAAGCCUAGCCAGCGCUAUGUGGACAUCCUCCAGUCACCAUUAUUCCCCCCUCCAGCAUUGCCUCGCCAGCCCACUGAUCAGGCCAGCGCUGUCACAGACCCCAGUGCAGACUCAGCUGUGUGUAACAACUAUCCCCCACCUCUUCUUGCAGAAACGCCUGAACAGCAGUCCUGCACACAAACAACUAUUUAAAGGGCAAGGGUGGCGCUACCUGCUAACCCAGUCUGAUUUACAUAGAAGUGAACAAACACAAAAUGGAGAACAAAACCUAUUUUAUAAAACAUUCAAUGCAUAAUCUGACCAAAGUGUGAAUCGGAGUGAUGACAAUCAUAUUAAAACAGAACGUCAGUAUGUAACACAUGCUAUCAGUGUAAUGCAUGUAGUAUAAUAUAUGAUUGUAUUUUUAAACAGUUGAAUUAUGACUACUAGAAACCAUUAAAUGACUACUGAAGAUCCUACCAGUGUAAAUACUGCAGGUAAUUUUAAAUCUUUAAAUAGGGAUGCACAGAUCAGGUCUUUGUAUCUUAUACCAUUAACUGACACAAAUAGCUGGAUCACGCAUGUGCAGCAAAGAGGUAAACUAUUCAUUUCAGAUCUGUGUAUUUCUCUGCUUAUUUUUAUAUGCGUGUACAUUUCGCUGUAAGUUUAUUGCAGUUUUCGGUGAAUGUUAACUUUUUUUUUUUUCUUCAUGUAUUAUUUCAAGAACAGAGGUAUUUCUUUGUUGCAUUUUGCUUUACGAGGUUAGAAAUGCAGUUUUUAAGUCAAGCCUGGUGUUGCUUUACAUAUAAGACAAUGAUUCCUGGUCUUUUCCGCAAUACAGCUCAGCUUAAUAAUUUAGCAUUGUCGUCUUAUUCCUACUUGGUACCUGCAGAUGAAGAAAGAAAGAAAAGUCAGAUCAGUGCAUCCAUAGUCUUAAUGUGUAUAUUCUGUAUCUACAGUGUUAUUUAUCCUUUGAGCCUUAACUGCACAUCAGUGAGAACAAUCUUGCAUUGCAAAACUUUAACCUGUAUAGGAAUACCAUCAAAAAUUGGUGGCGUUAACACAAUAUUCUAACUGCUCAGCCAAACAGAGCCACUUACUCCUGAGCCAAAGUGGCAUCUGCCUGCGUCUGUAUGCUCCAGCCUUAUUUUUUGAAGUUCUGCUCUCAGCAAUUAAGUUAAGAUACUGUAUCUGUGAUGUAGGCUUAUCUGAAUGUGGAUGUUCUUGUAUUUUAUCGGAACAGCAAAAAAAAAAACUAACUCCUGGUGCUGGGUUUUAUAUAAAAGUGUUGCCUUUUUAAAUAGAUCGUGGUUAAUUAUAGCUGAUGUAGCUUCCUUUUACGUGCUGGAGCGCAUUCGUGCAGCAAGCCUGAAUUCAGACAAGCUGACCUUUUGUGUUUGAAUGUUGGUAGAGGAGGGAAGAAAGAAGGAGAUCAGGAUUUCUUUUUACCGGCUUUUGGUUUCACAUUUAACACAUUUGUGCCAAUGUUUCUGUUUGGUUUUAAGUGACUCAAAUAGACGGUGUAACCUGUCCAUUUUCCAUUCCUGUCAUCCUUUUUUUUUUUUUUUUUUUUUUUUCUUUUUUCUCUCCAGACUCCAUCUUGUCUGCUCUGCUUCCACUCAGCCGACAUUCCAGAGUUCCCAGUAAAAGUGACUCACAGUUCAACUUUAAAUUCAAUUUUAGCUUUAAUUCUGUUAAAAUUCGAGGGUGUGCGGGACAGAUUGUGACUCACGCAGGCACCCUGCUGCUUGCAUAAGGUCAUGUAUGUCCUCCUUUAUGAAACCCAGUGAGAGUAAUGUUAUUAGAGAUGAUAGGCCCUGUGUCUUAUUGCCACUGCUGGUUAUGCUCUGUUACCAGCUGCACUUUUAUAUCACACCAGUCAGUAUUGGUUGUGCUUUUGAAAUGCCUUAUUUUUUUUUUUUUCUGCUUAAGCGCUGUAAACAAGGGUAUAUUUGUGUUCCUGUUGUGUUUAAUGCUUUCUGUUGGAGCAGUCUAUUAAGCUUGUUAAUAAUCAAAGUAAGUCUGUCCAUAAUAUUUCAGCCUUCUGCAUAUUUAUUUUGUAGCAAUCUUUGGAAGACUGCUAAGUCAGACGUGUCUUAGGAGUUCAGUGACAAUCAGACUCUGAAAGGCUGCAGAACAACCCGAGUGCCUUUAGCAGUGCUGCUUUAAAUUUACAGGGUAGUGUCAUUUUUCUACUGUGUUCUCCGCCUCACUCGUAUUCUGAAGCAAUGCGUACUUUUAAACUUCAAUCAGUUCUCGGUGUGGUAUGGUAACAAUUCCCGACUCCUAACAACUCCCCUGAUUUCUUACUCAAGUUCAUUAAAUCAUUUGACAGUCACUCCAGGCUCUGUACACUCAACAAACGUGCUACAAGUGCACACAACUGAUCACACUGGUGCAUUGCUGUUUAACAGACAUGUUUUGGCCCAUCUGAGAUUCACUGGGAACUCCCUGCCUUCCCCACGCAGGCCAUUGAGCCUAGCGUCAUGACUGUUGGCAAAUAAAAACUCUUCCUGCAUUCGCCUGACAGUUUCACAUCCACAUGGUAACUUUGUGUACUUUAGGUAUUGCUCACUUUUAGGCAGUAUUUGUUAAAGAAUGUGUAAGUAUUUAUGAACAGAUCCUGUAUGCUAUUAAACUGAGGAUAAAACAUGCGUUUGCUGUCCAGAGUUUUAUGUAUAACUUCCUGCUAAUUAGUAUUUUAAUAAUAGUUUAUUUUAACAGUCUUGAGAGAUGUGAUUUUUAUAAUGUGCAGUGUUGUUGAGACAGGUUUUGAUUGCAUUCUGGUAUCUUGUAAAAGCUUUAAUUUGUUGUCUUGUUUUAGAUUUUAUAAUACUGUUACAGAGCUCUGUGAUGAAUAUGAAAC